AUUACUUAUCUAUUUUUUUACCGUUCGGAUAUUCCUUCAAUCAAUGUUUUCAGAACCGGAUUGGACCGGUUGGUUCGACCAGUUCGACCGGCACCAGUUCCACUUCUCCCUCCGGCCUCCAUCAUCUCCGGCUCCAGAUCUCCACUGCCCUUGCUCUCUGAUUAGCUUGUUUCCUCCAGUCUCCAUCACCUCUAGCACUGCCAACGGCCAACAUCAUUUCUUGCCCCUUUCGGCUUUCCAGUCUCCAUCACCUCCAACACCACCAGCAUUAGUUCUUACCCCCUUCCAAUCGUGCUCUCUGAUCAGCUCUGUAGUCAGAAGAACAGUCAGUCAAGGAGCAGAGGCAUGGGGAGGAAGCUCGAUGCUGUACUCAGAUGGAAUUUCAAGACAGCCAAGUUCAAGCAGCUCGUCACCCUCGCUCUCUCUCGUCUCGUCGUUCUCAAGAGCCAACGACAGAUCCGUUGCUCCCAGGCUCGCUUCGAUGUGGUUCAGCUCCUCGAACUUGGCCAACACGAUUGUGCUCUCCUUCGUGUGGGAUUUUGAUUCUUCUGAAGUCCUGCCUCGAAUCUUGGAUUAUAUAUGCAGAUUCUGGAAAUGCCCAAAGCUGAAAAUUGCAUUUUUAUGACUAUGUGCAUUUGACCCAGUCGGUUGAUCGGUUUAAUCGAUUGAACUGAUCAAAUUGAUAACCAAUGAACAAACCGAUUCUCUUGUCGGUUCGGGUUUCAAAACAUUGCCUUCAAUAGAGGGAUGAUGCUGGG